UUAAAACAACUUCCGUAUUGUUCAAAAACUUUUGCCGCUGACAUGGUGGUCGGGGAUCUCUGUCGGGUCCCAAUGUUCUUGAGUAGAAAGCUUGAGCUCAGGGUUAAGUAAGCAAACGGUAUGAUCCGUCAUUUUCUUACAUUAGAACUGGCAGUAGGUAGCAGACUAGAGACAGGUUUUAGGCUAACUAGCUAGUAUGUAACUAGCUAGCUGAUUGAGAUUAAGCAAGCUAGUGCUAAAGCUAUUAGUGCUCAUGUUAAACCUCCUGCCACAGAUUGCCAGUACAGUAAUGUAGCUAGGCGAAUGAAUUCGGUUUACGUUAGCUGUUCCGUGCGUUGUGAUUGACACAUCCCUCGAAUUUUUGCAUACUUCUGUCAUUUUCUCACAUCAAAACACACAAUGGUCAAGUUGCAGCUUGGUUGCUAAGUUCUGCUCAGAUCACUCUUUUCCUGGUUGUCACGUGGUCUAAAAUGAAUCGAAUACGAUUUUAGUGGACUGAAGGCAAGGCAGGCAACCACUAUACACAAUGGAUCCUGAGGUGUCCGUGCUGCUUCACUGCGCAGAUUGGAGAGGACUUGUAAAGUCCCAGGUGCACGUGGAGCUCUCUGAAAGAUUUAAUCGUCAGACAGACCCAGUUCUAGAGCAACACAUAGAUGAGUUGUGGAAGGAGAGAAUAAUCAACGAACCAUGGCUUUUCAACGGGGCCAAAUUCCGACUGCACUCUUUUACCCUGACACCGCCUGCUUCUCUUUUACCCCAAGCAACGCCCCCCACUGCACCUCAAACUCUUUGCAAAGGUAGAUGUGGAGACGCAGGUGGUGGAGAUUCUCCAACUUGGAUGAAAAAAGGCUGCUUGUGUGACAAAGACAGAUGUUUGCCUGCAAUUUCUGCUUUUGAUGCCCAACUAAACUCAAACUGUGGUAGAGUAAGAGACCACAUUGACCAGUCAGGACACAGAGACAGAGGUCCAAGCUGUGGGGUGAAUGAAAUAGAAGCACGAACCUCCACUCUAACCACAGAUUUCAAUGCAGGAGAACCAGGAGUAUGCAACAUGUUUGGGACUAAGCUCCAGCCCCAACUUCAACCCGGCCCAGAGAGAGACACAUGCAGAAGGAACAAGGCUCUACUGACACUGAGGUUGGGGCUGACCUGCUACAAGGACUUCCUGGGCACCAACUGGUCUCAAGAGGCAGGGGAACUGCGCCGGCGUGGGGAGACCGAGUUUGGGGAUCCGCUGGCUCUAUUGGCUCAACCGCUGGGGGUGGGUGGAGUUUUGCGCACCCGUGACGGACAGGUGGUGCUGAUCAGACGAAGCCAGAGAGUGGCAGAGGCAGGAGGGCUCCUGGACAUUCCUGGGGGGCACCCCGAACCAAAGGAAUGUUUUGUAAGGUUGUGUAAUGGUAAGUACCAUCAUCUUUCCCUGCUAUUCAUUGCCCAGGCAGUGUGUGAGGGUGUGUGUGUGCGAGAGGACAAGAUCAGUGUGGAGCUGCUGCAGAAGAGAGAGGAGGCGGUGGUCACGGAGCUGUUUUCUUCCGUGUGCACAGAGAUCAGAGAUGAGGUGAAUGUUCCCAUGGGAUCUUUAGGAGAACCAGUGCUCAUGGGUGUGGCUCUGAACCAUACUAGCUCUGGAAGACCCAGUGCAGAAUUCUACAUAAGAUGUUCACUAAGCUCAGCAGAGAUCCGAGAGCUGUACUGGCAGGGAGGGGCUGAGGCCCAUGAGUCUACAGACAUUGUUUUCCUGAGCCAAAUGGAUCUUCUACAGUUGGACAAGAGCUCUCCCCUCUGGUCAGAGUUGUGUCCAUCAGCCAAGGGUGCAGUGGUGCUCUAUCAAUUGGUGCUGCCUGACCAUGAAUCAGACAGCACUAAACCAACACAGAAUCCAUCUAGUUCAACAAGCUAGCAAGAUGACUGAAAACAAAUAUUCCUUGCCAAUUUAUGGGGGUAUACCAAAGCUUGUUUUUAAAAGGUGGUCAUAUGAAGACCGACCACUAAUGUUUUAACCAAAGGGUAACAUUGUUACAGUGAAUAUUUUUUUAAUGUGUGGCAGAUAUUUAUUCAAAAGACAAUAAAACUAUGUUUAUUGGAUAAUACAAACGGGGUGCAAACAAAUAUGUCAAUAAACAAUAUGAAAC